UACUAUAGGGAAGUGUUGAAGGGUUUUAAAUGUUUAACCAAUUCUAUUAUUUCACAACUAUUAAAUGAACGCGCGAAAAUGAGCCAAGCAAAGGAAGACGCAGGAGUUUUCUCAGUGCGGUUGGUCAUAGCGGAUUUUUACAUGGAGAAGCCGAUAUUCGGCUUCGAUCCAUGCUAUUCGGAGUUUCGCGGCAAAGAAAUUAAAAGAGUGCCAAUAAUUAGAAUUUUUGGAUCUAGCGCUGAUGGACGCAAAACGUGCAUGCACGUACACGGUGUCUUUCCCUAUUUCUAUAUACCUUACGAAGCGAAGGAGUUCGAAUCAUUGAACAAAGCAAUCUACCAAAUUACUAGUAAUGUGGACAAAGCAAUUAACGUAUCAUUGGGACAGGCGUGUUCUAACGCGAUACAUGUAUUUAAAGUGCAGUUGGUCAAGGGCAUUCCAUUCUAUGGUUACCAUCGCGGUGAACAUCAGCUCCUUAAAAUCUACAUGUUUAAUCCAAGAUUUGUAAGGCGUGCAGCAAAUUUGUUACAAAGCGGCGCCGUUAUGAAUAAGAAUUUUCACCCUUUCGAAUCACAUGUGCCCUAUAUUCUACAGUUUAUGAUUGAUUAUAACUUAUAUGGCAUGAGUUUUGUUCAUAUACCACUCGAUGUUGUUAAAUUUCGCCAAACUGGUGAUGAUCAUAAUCCCACAGAAUCCCACAUUCCAGCGUUGAAGCAAGCACAGUUUCUUGAUCCAACAGUGGCGAAAAAACAGUCAACUUGUGAAUUUGAGGUGGAUAUCGGAUCUAAUUUCAUAUUGAACCGUUUUCAACUCGCUUUGCGCAGUAAUAACAGUAAAACGCAUUCGAACCCAGGUAUCGAAGCAAUUUGGAAUGAUGAACGUUUGCGUAGACAGAAGAUGGCAGAGAGACCUGAUAUUGAGAAGGUGCCUGAUCUGGAGUUGCCGCCCACUCAAGAGCGUUGCAAUGUACAACCAACAGAGAGCGAUAUAUUCCACCGUACUGUCCUGCAAAGCAAAUUAAUGGCAUUAGAAUUGGCUGCAACGGGAAAUGUCAGUCAAGCUGAUCAAUCCAUGAAUUUGACGCUACAAACAAGUAGUGCCAAUUUUACUUUAUUAAAUUCUGGUGAUAAAGAACAGCAUCACACCUUCAAUCUUCGCAAAAUUAUUGGUAAUGCUAUUUAUCCAGAGGAAUGCACUCCUGACGAAAAUUUGGUUGAUGCAUCCUUCAUUGAGAAUCAUGUCUCGCAAAAUGGCUUUCAAAUAAGUAGUUCAGUAAUACAGCCCACAGCAACACCGCCCAUUAACAAAGAUAGUGCUGAUCGUGGGGAUAGCAUUUUUUUGGAUGACACUGUCGUUGAUGAAGAAUUAUUUUCGAAUUUGAAUUCCGAAACACCAAAACAAACGAAUAUGAGUAUGGGUGCAGAAGAUUUGGAGUUGUUGGAUAUUCUACAACAGCUGGAAGAGCAUGAAGAAGAUGAAAAUCAAAUUGAUUUAGAUAGCACACUUGCACCACUAACACAAACGCAUAAUAAAUUUGAUCCUUCACCAGAAUUGCUGGACAAGCAAGUGAUAGCUGCAGCUAUGAGUCAACCAGUGCCUGAAUGCGACACCGAUUCCGAUACCAGUGAAAAUGGCAAUAUACAUGAUUACUCCAUAAUUUUAGAGGAUAUGGAUGAAUUGAUCUUAAAAUUUACACCCAGCCAAUCAACCGAAGAAGCUGGUAAUCAAUCCGGUUUGCCACAAAUGGAUGGUUCAGACGAUUUAUUGCCCAAGACACCGGUUAAAGGCGCAAGCAGUGCGAAAACAGGCAACAAUCGAAAUGUAUUAAGUUCACCACGAACACCAAUCACCACUAAUAGAGAACAUUUGUCACCGAAACGUUCGCCAAGAACGCCAAAGUCUAGUGCAAGCAAAAAGUAUGCACCAUUACCGUUAACAAUCACUUGUAAGAAACAAGAGAGAAAUGUCUCAAACGAAGCUGAAACAACUCCAGCGCGUCAAUCAGUUUUAAGAAAUUUAGAUCUCGGUUCCUGUGACGCUAAAAACACCAAAAUGACCUUAAGCAAAAAGCUGGCCUUAACCGCUUUGCGGCGAAAAAGUGUGGACUGGAGUCCAAGCACAACACGGGAAAAUUUUACAGCAAACAGAGAACCAAGCGACGAGGGUACCGUAAAACGUACACCAAUUCGCCGCUCUCGAAGAACUAUGGACUUGGAUAGAACACACAUUACUUGCGAGUUAACGCCACGUAGAAAAAGUGAGCGAAUUUUAAAAGUAUACAGCAUUGAAGAAGAAGCGGUGGUAAGCGCAGCCGAAGGAACUCCGAAGUCUAGAUCCGUUACCUCUCUUACUCGGAAGUGUGGUCCGGAACCACAGAAUCCGAAUAAAACCAACGAGACGUUAACAGAUGCAAGUAAAAAUAGUUGUCGGGACAAGUUGGCGAAAGUUGCUCAGACAAAAAACCAAACGGAAGGGGUUCCAAAUACAGAAAACCAUAAGAGAAGCCCGGAACGUCGUCAACCUCAGAUACGAAAGUGUGUAGUGAGAAUUAGUAAACGUUUAAAGCGAACAGGUUCAAAUAGUUCGGGUACUAAUACGCCUGAACCGUCAAAGUUGACAGCCAAUAACCAUGAUAAUGAAAUCCCCGAUGAUCGUCACGAAGAAUUAAGCAAGAGCACAAUUUACACAAGCCCUCAAUUUAAUUUAAGCAAAGAGCAAGAAAAGUGUCUACCAAAUAAUACAAGUCCGCAACUCAACUCAAGUGAUAGCGAUGAGAUUGCUGCUUCAGACACGGAAGACGCUCCCACACCUAUUAGCGCAAAACGUCUACGGCGCAGCUUUCACCUGGUGCAACAUAGAAGAAUGCAGAAAAAUGAUGUUUCGUAUAAAUCGAUACAUGAGACCACAAAAGGAGACGAUAAAAUGACGAAAUCGUCGACCUCACCCACAGAAGCGCUUAAAAUAGAUACUGAUGACUGCGCGGAUAUAGAAGAUCCGCAUAUACAAAGUUUCUACGAUAUAUCAUUUACCGAAGAUCUUAGUAGUCCGCCAAAUUUCAAAGAGAUUUUAAGUCCAACUAACGUAAAUUUAGUAAAAGAUGGCUCUUCUAUACCACUUAUUAGAGAUGAGUCGCAUAAUUCACUUCAAUGCGGCCAACUACUUGCAAAAGGCCAAGACGCUACGUCAAUGCUUAUAUCAAGUACAAUAUUGAAUAAUACCACACCUUUGCUCACAGUAUCGGCAUCGAAUUCUGCAAAGCAAUUAGUGCAGCUGACUCCACUUAAUCUGCCACCAAGUUAUGAAGAAGUGUUGGCGAGCUGUGCAAAGCUGGACAUACCCGAGUAUGAGUUUCAAAAGCCCUUCUAUGGCAAUCCCGAUGACAUAACGCGGCUGAAGGAAGUCGGUCACAUCGCUUUGCAUAUUCCAGGAAACACGCUCAACGACUGCGAGGAAUUCAAAAGUGUUCUUGGUGACGAGCUGCAGAGUCUUACGGAAUGGCGUCGCAAGCAAAUGUUAGCGAUUAGCGGUCCCUCAGCACUCACAACGCACUGUUCUCACCGAAAUGCUCAACGAAUACGUGAAUACUUUGCCGAGCCGAAGCGAGUUACGAUCACACCUCAAAUAUACGCGCCCACACGUCAAGAAGCUAAAUUGUGGUUAAAGGCGCGCGAUCUGUUGGCCAAAGGCGAGGCAAGUGCGCAGAAUAAACUAAACUUGGAGGAGAGUCCUAUAAAAGUGCGACGUCAAAAGACCAUAAUGAUAUUAAACGAUGGUGGCGGUGGCGGUGAUGACGAUGAGGACGUCCUAAACAAUACAAAUUGCAUCACAUUAACACCGCCAACGCCGUUAGUGAAUACGCAAAGGUCGUCAAAUGCAGCAAACACGACUGAAGAAACGACAGUUAAGGCAAAUGCGUGUGCGAAAGUGCAGUCACGCACGAAACGCGCAAAGCUUUCUUUGAAUAAGCAGUUGAUGGCCUGCGCUAGUCCGGAAAUGAGUAUGCUCACGGCAGAUGCCAGUUUACAGUUAUCGCAAAGUGUGCAAAACACACAAAUCUUGAGCAGUGCGCAGGUUGUGACCUCCAACGACACCACCAUAUCGAACGAAACCGUUUUAAAGGCACUGGAAAGGAAUUUAUUUCUUAAAGAUUUGCAAUCGAAAGCCGUGCCUUCGUCCCAUGAGCUCAGUUUUGGUUUGAGUAGCGCUUCGCUGGACAACACCUUUGGUUUCAAAGUGAAUUUGGAGAAUUUGCAGCAAGCCAAAUCGGAUGUGGAGUGCAAUUAUUUAACAACCAUAAUCCUGGAGUUAUUUGUGCCGACGCGUGGUAAUUUGCUACCCGAUCCAGUGCACGAUGAGGUGCGUUGUCUCUUUUACGCCAUCGAACAUCGUUCGCCAGCAACGCAGACGAAAGGCGACACCCUUUUACCGCAAAAUGAUUGUGGCUGCAUUAUUGUUAAGGAUAUAGAAAGUGAUAAUGCUGUGCGGGACCAACGCAUGUAUGGCACGGGCGGCAAUAACGAUGUGACGAUGCGUUUCGUGAAUACCGAAAUCGAGGCAUUCGAAGCGCUUGUGGAGUUGAGCAUGCGUUGGGAUCCCGAUAUCUAUGGUGGUUACGAGAUCGAGACGGCAUCGUGGGGUUAUGUUUUGGAACGUGGCAAGCACCUCGGUUUCAACAUAGCACCGCUGCUAUCACGCGUGCCGACGCAGAAAGUGCGUGAGUACGUGGAUGAGGACCGCGAGCAUUUCACCGAUUUGGAUAUCGAGUUGAAGCUUUGCGGUCGCAUUCUGUUGGAUGUGUGGCGUUUAAUGCGUUCAGAAAUCGCGCUCACCUCGUACACUUUCGAAAAUGUCAUGUAUCAUAUUUUGCAUAAACGCUGUCCAGCGCAUAAUCAUCGUGCGCUCACCGAAUGGUUUGAGGUGCCCUACACACGUUGGAUCGUCAUUGAGUAUUAUGUGGAACGUGUACGCGGCACUUUGGCGCUGUUGGACCAACUGGAUCUGAUUGGCCGCACCAGUGAAAUGGCAAAACUAAUUGGCAUACAAUUUUAUGAAGUUCUGUCACGUGGCUCACAAUUUCGUGUGGAAAGUAUGAUGUUGAGGAUAGCAAAACCACGGAAUCUGGUGCCGCUCUCACCGAGCGUACAACAGCGUGCUCACAUGCGAGCGCCCGAGUACUUACCGCUUAUAUUGGAGCCACAAUCACGCUUCUAUGCAGAUCCAGUCAUUGUAUUGGACUUUCAAAGUUUGUAUCCGAGCAUGAUUAUAGCCUACAAUUACUGCUUCUCCACUUGUUUGGGGCGUGUUGAGCAUUUGGGACACUCCGCGCCUUUCGAAUUCGGCGCUUCACAGUUACGCGUUUCGCCCACAUUACUACGUCGUUUGAUUGACAACGAUCUCAUCACCAUUUCGCCUUGCGGUGCUGUCUUUGUGAAAUCGUCGGUGCGCGAGGGUAUUCUACCGCGCAUGCUUAGUGAAAUUUUAAACACACGCCAAAUGGUUAAACAAUCGAUGAAAUUGGAUAAAUCCAAUUCGGCUCUCCAACGCAUACUCCAUUCCAGACAACUCGGCCUGAAAUUGAUGGCGAAUGUGACAUAUGGCUACACGGCGGCGAAUUUUAGUGGCCGCAUGCCUGCCGUGGAAGUAGGAGAUUCCGUUGUGGCGAAAGGCCGCGAGACGCUUGAACGCGCCAUUCGUAUGGUGGAGUCUAAUGAAAAAUGGCGUGUGCGUGUCGUUUACGGUGACACAGACUCGCUGUUUGUACAAGUGCCGGGGCGCAAUCGUGAACAAGCUUUCAAAAUAGGCGAGGAAAUCGCAGCGGCCGUCACCAAAGACAAUCCACAACCGGUGAAAUUGAAACUGGAAAAGGUAUAUCAACCCUGCAUACUGCAAACUAAGAAACGUUACGUUGGCUAUAUGUAUGAAACUGCGGAUCAGGCGGAACCCGUCUAUGAGGCGAAGGGUAUUGAGACGGUGCGUCGCGAUGGUUGCCCGGCCGUUGCAAAAAUGCUAGAGAAAGUGUUGCGUAUCCUUUUCGAAACAACAGAUGUGAGCAAAAUCAAACAAUACGUUUGCCGACAAUUUAGUAAACUACUUGCUGGACGCGCCAAUUUGCAGGAUUUGAUAUUUGCAAAGGAGUUUCGAGGACUGAAUGGCUACAAGCCCACUGCGUGUGUGCCAGCGCUUGAGUUGACGAGGAAAUGGUUACAGACCGAUCCACGUCGUAUACCGCGUUGUGGUGAGCGCGUUCCAUUCAUCAUUGUUAAUGGACCACCCGGUGUACCGCUAAUCCGGCUCGUACGCAGUCCACAUGAAGUGCUGGCUGAUGAAGGCUUGAAAAUCAACGCAAUCUAUUAUAUCACCAAAGCAAUUAUACCGCCACUUAAUCGUUGCUUGCUACUCAUCGGCGCGGAUGUGAAUGAAUGGUUCGCCAGCUUGCCCCGGAAAUUACUUAUCGUCCCACCAGUUUCCACAGCCAACAAGCUGGCUUUCAAUGUGGAACAGGCAAAUCAUGCGAAGAAGAGCACAAUUUCACAAUAUUUCUCAGCCACAAAUUGUAUUGCCAACUGCGGACGCCAGACAAAGCAAGGCAUCUGCGCGGAGUGUGAACGGCAGCCGCAACGCACCUUCGUCAUAUUGCACCAGAAAAUGGCCAAAAUUGAGCGGGGCUACCAAUUGGUGCAGCAGAUAUGUCAGGCAUGCUGUGGUCGCGUGGGAGAGAUCAAAUGUAGUUCCCUAGAUUGUCCCGUGUUAUACGUGAAUGAGGUCAAACGUCGUGACCUGCAGCAAGUGGAACAUAUACGUAAACUGCUGGCAGAGAGAUUUUGAUCGUUUAUUGGCAAGGAAUGGAUGAUUAAGAAUUUUAACUUCAGCAGCCAUCCCAAAAUUAUUUUCUAUUUUAGGAACAAGAUUUUGCUUAAGUUAUAACUUACUGUUAAGUGCUAGUUUAUUGUAUGUUAUUGCAAGUAAACAACUAAUUUAGCUAAAGUACCGUUUAAUAGUACAAUAUAUUUGACUGUUUAACGGUUUAAAAGUUCGAAAUGCAAAAAAGGUUUUUUCAGUUAACUUACGUCGCCAAUUUGUUGGUCUUGAGUUCGCUUCCUACAACAAAACUAGAAAAAAUUAAUAAUAUUGUAUUAAAAUUAAAAAUGUGUUGCAUGAGAAGUAGGUGUGGCCGUAGUC